AGAUCUGUUGACCCUUUUUUCCUAAGGCAUUCCCUACCAUGAAGAUUCAUCUCUUUUUCUUUAUUCUUCUCUUUUGGGUCACAAUUUUACCAGCCAGAAAGAGAUUCCCCCAUUAUGGUAGCGUGGAUAUGAGGAAACUGUGCAAAAAGGGUAAUGGUCGGUGUAAAGUUGAGUGCCAUGAAACUGAAAUUAGGAUUGCUUACUGCAUAAGACCUGGAACUCAUUGCUGCUUACAGAGGUAAAGAGGACAGAAGAAAAGAGACACAUGGUCCAAGAAGAGAGGAUCAGAAUUACUAAGCCUUCCCAGCACAUCCUUCAAGGCCCGUGUAUCUCUGUAAUACACAAAGAAUCAAAUAAAAUUUAAC